AUGUUGCGAGAAGGGCCCAAGCUGCCGGUUAAGCAAAUCACUAUAUUAGCAAUAUGUCGAUUCGCAGAGCCUGUGGUAUAUACAUCGGUUCUGCCUUAUCUACCCGAGAUGAUGGAAAGCGUUGGUGUCCGCAAAAAUGAAAUAGCAAAAUGGGUCGGCAUUUCAUCCGCCGUCGUCGCCGGUUGUCAAUGCAUCAUGGCCGUUCCCUGGGGCACAUUCUCAGAUCGAUUUGGGCGCAAAUACACGAUACUACUAGGCCUCACAUCAACCAUGAUAUUUUCACUUGUCUUCGGGUUCUCGCAAUCUCUCACCAUGUUACUUGUCUCGAGAGCGUUUAUAGGCCUUGGAAAUGCUAAUGUUGGCAUUAUCCGGACUAUGGUUGCCGAACUCGUGCGUGAAAAGGAGCUUCAGCCACUCGCAUUUAGUAUGAUGCCUUUGGUUUGGUCCAUUGGCAGUAUAUUCGGUCCUGCUUUUGGAGGAGCUUUGGCCAAUCCUGCGGUUAAGCAUCCGGAAAUUUUUGGUAAUUGGGAGAUCUUUCGGAAGUAUCCUUUCGCUUUACCGAAUAUUAUCUCGGCGAUACUCUUCAUCAUUGGCAUUACUACGGGAUUUUUGUUUCUUGAGGAAACCUUGGAAAGCCGAAAACAUAAACGCGACUAUGGUCUGAUUCUCGGCCGAUUGUUGACUCAAUCGUGUUCUUCAAGAAGGUCACAUCCUUAUCAGCAUGACCAUCACGAUUCAACGGUAAAUGAGCGAACAGGUCUACUCAUCUCGGACGAAGAGAGUAGGAACAGCUCAAGUCAUGAAGGCGACAAUACAUCAAAAGCUCCCACUUACGGGACUGCCAAUACUAUAAACGAUGAUAACCCUGACUAUGAUAUCGUCGAACCCAAAAAGGAUGCUUCGAGUAAAUUCAAAACCAUUUUUACUUGGCAAUCAACCCUUACUUUGAUGGUGUAUGGCAUGUUAGCAAUGCAUAGCAUGGGCUUUGAUUCUCUUUUUCCUGUUUUCUUGCAUCAUCCCAAACAAGAUCUGGUCAAUAAUCCAGAUGUAAAUCUUCCUUUCCAGUUCACCAGUGGUUUCGGACUUGGGUCUCAAAAAAUCGGUAUAUUAUACACUCUCAAUGGCGCAACUGGCAUCUUCGUUCAAUUCGUCUUCUUCCCCAUGGCUGCACGCCGCUGGGGUGUCCUCCGCUGCUUCAAAGUAGUCGCAAUAUGCUUCCCAUUCAUCUACUUCAUUACUCCAUUCCUCGUCCUCAUCCCAGAGUCCAUCAGCAUGAUAGUCAUCUAUUUACUUCUCAUGAUCAAAAUGACUCUCGGCAUGUUCGCAUUUCCCUGUACAACCAUAUUACUCACCAAUACGGCAUCCAGUCUCAAGACUCUGGGUACUUUGAACGGUGUCGGGGUUAGUGUUAGUGCGAUUGGUCGUGCUGCAGGUCCUGCGUUGGUGGGAGAGGCCUUUACAGCUGGGGUAAAGGCGGGGUAUAUGAUUGUUCCGUGGUGGAUUUUGACUGCAUUAACGGUGAUUUCGGCGAUACCUGUGUUUUGGAUCGAGGAGAAGGAUGGAUUUACGCCGGAUGAGGAGGACGACAAUGAUGGCGACGAAUGAGUUAUAAUCCUCUGACUGGAAGGAAAAAAGCGUCAAUGAUUCAUGGUUUAUGCAAGUUUUGAUGUUUAUGAUCUCGUGGUCGAUUUCAGGGUCAGAAUGUAAAGGAAGAUUACAGAAUUGCAUGGCGUUUGGUUUGCAUUUUUUUAUGGGAAAAGUGUGGCUUUUAACAUAGUUCUGCUUCUUCCAAGGUUCUUCUAGAUACAUUAAUGUAUAUACACUUUACAUUUC